AUGAAACGGCUGCAACUGCCUCUGCUGAGCACACUGCUACUCGCGGCAGUAGCCAUUGCCUCCGCGUUCUACCUUCCUGGUCUGGCACCAGUGAACUUCUGUGAAUUCAACAAACCCGCCGAAAACUGCAAAUCAGUAGUUAAUCUCUUCGUCAAUCGACUCGACUCUGAAGAGUCUGUGAUACCGUACGAGUACAGUUACUUUGACUUUUGUCAGGCAGACAAGAAUGAAUCGCCGGUGGAGAACCUGGGCCAAGUGGUCUUCGGUGAGCGCAUUCGAGGCUCGCCCUACAACAUCAGCUUUCUGAAGAAUGAAGAGUGCAAGCUGCUCUGUAAGAAAAGCUAUGACACUUCUGCCCCUUCAGACGUCGACCGGGUGAACACUCUGCUGAAGGGCAUGCUGAAGAACUACCAGCACCACUGGAUUGUGGACAACAUGCCCGUCACCUGGUGCUACGACGUGGAGGGCGGACAGAAGUACUGCUCCACGGGCUUUCCAAUGGGCUGCUACGUCGAUCCGCAGGGACUGGCAAAGGACGCCUGCGUGAUGAACAUUCUCUACAACAAGAAGGACACCUUCUACCUCUUUAACCACGUGGACAUUACCAUCAACUUCCACAGUGGCGAAAACGAAGCCUGGGGUGUCGGCUAUGAUGGUCACGCGGGUCGAAUCAUCGCGGUGUACGUGUCGCCACGAAGCAUCAAGCACAACAAGGAGCCCUCCUCGGCUGACUGUCCCUCCAGCGCGCUGCCGAUGGAGAUUCCAGCCAACCUGCCGAAGAAUGAGAAGCUGGACAUCUACUACACCUACUCGGUGUACUUUUCGCGCAAUGACAACGUCAAGUGGUCCUCCCGCUGGGACUACAUCCUCGACUCGAUGCCCCACACCAACAUUCAGUGGUUCUCCAUUCUCAACUCGCUCGUCAUUGUUCUCUUCCUCACCGGCAUGGUGGCGAUGAUUCUGCUGCGAACGCUGCACAAGGACAUUGCCCGCUACAAUCAGAUUGACUCGGAGGACGACGCCCAGGAGGAGUUCGGCUGGAAGCUGGUGCACGGCGACGUCUUCCGCCCGCCGCAGCAGUCGAUGAUGCUGGCCGUCUUUCUGGGCUCUGGCGUGCAGGUCCUCUGCAUGUCCAUCAUCACGCUCUUCUUCGCCUGUCUGGGCUUCCUCUCGCCCGCCAACCGGGGCGCGCUGAUGACCUGCGCCCUGGUGCUGUACGUCUGUCUGGGCACGCCGGCGGGCUACGUGUCGGCGCGCAUCUACAAGUCCGCCGGGGGGUACCGCUGGAAGCUGAACGUCCUCAUGACUGCGCUCUUCUGCCCGGGCGUCGUCUUCUCGCUCUUCUUCGCCAUGAACAUCAUCCUGUGGGUGAAGGGCAGCUCGGCGGCGGUGCCCUUCGCCACCCUGGUCGCCCUGCUGGCGAUGUGGCUGUGCGUCUCGCUGCCGCUCACCUUCGUGGGCGCCUACUUUGGCUUCCGCAAGCGCGCCAUCGAGCAGCCCGUGCGCACCAAUCAGAUUCCCCGGCAGAUUCCGGAGCAGUCGGUGUACACGAAGCCGGUGCCGGGCAUCAUCAUGGGCGGCAUCCUCCCCUUUGGCUGCAUCUUCAUUCAGCUCUUCUUCCUCCUCAACAGUAUUUGGUCCAACCAGACCUACUACAUGUUUGGCUUUCUCUUUCUCGUCUUUAUCAUUCUGAUGAUCACCUGCUCUGAGACGACCAUUCUUCUCUGCUACUUUCACCUCUGCGCCGAAGACUACCACUGGUGGUGGCGUUCCUUUUUAACAUCAGGUUUCACGGCAUUCUACCUGUUUAUCUACUGCAUUCACUACUUUCUCACCAAGCUCACCAUCACGGGGACAAUUUCAACGUUACUGUACUUUUGCUACACCCUCAUCAUGGUUUUCCUCUUCUUCCUUCUCACCGGCACCGUCGGCUUCUUUGCCUGCUUCUGGUUUGUUCGCAAGAUUUACAGCGUAGUCAAGGUGGACUGA